AAAGAAGAUGCUGCUUUGUGGUUGAUACAUGUGUAGACAUUUCCCUUCCAAUUGUGAUGUCUCUCCAGGAAGAACUUCAUUUGGCUUCUUCACGUCACCUUAAAGAACGUAAGAAGAGGCUUUUCUCUGUUGCAGUCUCCUUGAAACUUGCUGCUGACAUUCUGUCUGUGGACUGUGGACUAAAGCCAUGUUUUCUUUACGACUAUAGUGGAGCAGGUGUCCACCAAAUACAGGGGUAUGUUGAAGAACUUCAGCAUAUGGGCUUCAUAAAGGGACAUUUGCACAUCCUGAACAUUGCAGAUAACAUUCUAAUAAUUAAUGUUACCAGGGCUAUGUCCUGCAUAAGUGCAUUGGUUCAUAGUAAUGAUUUCUAUCUAAUAGAUGUUUCAGCAUCACUCAAUCAGCCUGUGGUAUGUAACAGAGAUGAUGUCCCAUUAAUACAGUCUCAGCUUAAUUACCUCUUGGAUCAUCUAACACAGUACCAACAUGAGCAACCAGCUACUGUAUCUGUAGGUGAUGUUCAGUUUCCAGACUGGAACCUCUGCACAAUCUUUGGAUUCCUUUUAAAUUUCCCUGCGGUAUACUGGUUUGACACUACAAGCGGCUUUGAGAACUGCUUGUCUUUGGUGCCCCUGAGACAUUUGACUGUCCAAGGUGAUUGCUCUAGGUUAGGACUCAAAAGGACACACAUUUAUUCCUUCACUGUACCCGAGUCUGUAUGCCACAUCUUACAGAAACAUUUAGAAGAUUGGUUUGAAAAGUUGAGGCAAACGUUUCUUAGCCAAAGUCAUUUUAAGGACCUUGAGAUUUUAACGGAUACUGUAACUCUAACUGCUGUUGCUCUUUGAAGGCAUUUAAGUAUUCUAAAUACAUAUUUGUUAACUGAUUGGCCCAAAAAUGUUUGAGAAGCAAAGUUUCUGCUUUCCUUGACCAACCUGUUGUUUGCAAAUAUAUUCUUCCUAAACACCACAUCAUCUGAAGAAAUGUAAUAAUACUCAAAAGUUCUAUACUUUUUUUUUGCCCAUCUCACCUCAAUAAACUGU